CCAUAUCCUUGAUUAAUUUUCUCAUUCCUCUCAUCAUUCUUCCUUUCUUGUUUAUUUGUUCUCGUUCGUGGAUUCUUGAUCUUUCGCAUUCUGAUUCGCAGUUGUUCAGUUUGGUUUAAGCUUCAUCCAAACAAAGUUCAUGGUUGAAUUAGAUUUCCAGAUCCCAUCUGCUUUCGAUCCAUUCGCCGACGCCAAGGAUUCUGAUGCCCCCGGAACUAAAGCUUAUGUUCAUAUCCGCGUUCAGCAGAGGAAUGGCAAAAAGUGCUUGACUACAGUUCAGGGUCUGAAGAAAGAGUUCAGCUACGAGAAGAUCCUGAAGGACGUGAAGAAGGAAUUCUGCUGUAAUGGUAACGUUGUUCAAGACAAAGAAUUGGGGAAGAUAAUCCAACUUCAAGGCGAUCAACGCAAAAACGUGUCUCAGUUCCUUGUUCAGGCUGGUCUCGUUAAGAAGGAUCAGAUCAAAAUUCAUGGGUUUUGAGUAACUUUCUGAUUGCUGUUUGAUGAAUUAUCUUUGAAGGAGUCUGUUGAUUUAUGCUUUGCUUUUGGGGUAUGUUCUGUUCUUAGUUUCUAAGAGUCGGUGUGUUUUAGUCUAUUUGUGUUGUUGUCAAUGGAUUCUGUGAUGGCGUGUGAUGGAAUUUUCUUAUCAAUAAAAUAUAGUUCGAUUCUGCGUA